AUGUCGUGCGGCGACACAAUGGCCGCCGAUAUGAUGGCCAAGUCAGCCAUCACCAGCUGUACAACCAAUGCCAGCACCGGUCUAAUGGCUACCCCGACUGGCCAACAUGUGUCUAAUCCGCAGAUGGACAUGAAUAUGUACGCCACACGUAAAACCAUAGCCCAGGGUAUUAUGGAUUUGGGAUUAAUGUGUGCCAAUGCUUCGCAACUUAAAUAUGUCUUAUUAAACUCAAAUCAACAUAAAUAUUUUGAUGUAACCAUCGCUUUAAUUACACUAUCGAUAAUACUUCAAAUAGUCGUCGGCAUUGUCUUUAUACUAUUGGGUCGACUGAAUAUCAACUUUUUUAUCGACCGAAAAAAAGCCGAUCUAUUGAAUAAUGUUUCGGUAAUAUUGAUAUUUUUGAUAACAGUGGUCAACGUAUUGAUUACGGCUUUCGGCCCGACAGAUACGGCCAGCGGUCACAUUCAGCAGCCGAGUGCGUGGACCAAUUUUUAUCCGGGUAAAAUACAGGAUCCACAGUCGGCAAUAGAUGACAAAGAAUUGUUGGCCAUUCCUCCUAACGACAGGACAUUCCUCCUCCUAUUCCUCGGCUUAACAUACAGUCCUAUGUCCACACCUUUACUUUGA